CUGACGUCACCCAGGGCGACUGUUACUGAAACCACGCUGCCUCACCGCAUUGUAGUAAGAACUGCACAAGAGGAAGACUGUGGUGGAGUGAGGCAGGAGUUUGAACGAGGUUAGAAAGUUGUCUAUCGCCGACAAACAGAAGAGAAAAAUCUGCCAUUUACUGUAAUGUAUAAAUGGAUGUGAAAGAGAAGACUUGCGAGGCCAACAUGAAUAGCAUGGAGGAGAGGACUGUAAAUUUUGAGGAGGAGGACUGUGAGUGGGAGAGUGUCCAUCCUAAACAGGGGAGUCUGAGCAUUAAGGAAGGGGACCAUGAACUGGGGUCAAUGAGUAAAGAGGAGUCUUCUAUCAAUGUAAAAUAUGAAUCAUUACAGUCGGACACAAAGACGAUUGAAGAAAUUUCAUCUCCUAGAACUUGGGGAGGUCAGUCACCACCUAAGACAUCAUCUGAAACAAGAAUCAAACUUCACUGCUGUUCUGAAUGUGGCAAACAGUUUUCACGAAGAAGCCAUCUUCUACGCCACCAAAGAAUUCACACAGGGGAGAAGCCAUAUUGCUGUUCUGAAUGUGGCAAAACAUUUUUACGGAAAAACAAGCUUCAGAGCCACCAAAGAAUUCACACAGAGGAGAAUCCAUAUUGCUGUUCUGAAUGUGGCAAAACGUUUUUACAGAAAAACAAGCUUCAGCACCACCAAAGAAUUCACACCGGGGAGAAGCCAUAUGACUGUUCUGAAUGUGGCAAAAUGUUUUCACACAAACAGUAUCUUCAGCGCCACCAAAGAAUUCAUUCAGGAGAGAAGCCGUAUUGCUGUUCUGAGUGUGGCAAAAUGUUUUCACACAAACGGUAUCUUCAGACCCACCAAAGAAUUCACACAGGAGAGAAGCCGUAUUGCUGUUUUGAAUGUGGCAAAACAUUUUUACGGAAAUACUAUCUUCAGAGCCACCAAAGAAUUCACACAGGGGAGAAGCCGUAUUGCUGUUCUGAAUGUGGCAAAAUGUUUUCACAGAGAAAGGGUCUUCAGCACCACCAGCAAAUUCACUCAGGAGAGAAGCCAUAGUGCUGUUCUGAAAUAUUUUUAUGGAAAAAUGAGCUUCAGUGCCACAAAAAAAAAUUCACACGGGGAGAAGUCAUAUUGCUGUUCUGAAUGUGACAAAAAGUUUCCACAGAGGCGCAAUCUUCACAGCCACCAAGGGAUUCAGAAAAGAGAGAAGCUUGUUUGCUGCCCUGAAUGUGGAUAACAAUUCUCUUGCCAUGGUAAUCUUCAGACGGACAUUAAAACUCACACAGGAGACAAACGUAUUCUUGUUCUGAAUGUGGCAAACAGUUUUCACAGAGAAGCAGUCUUCAGAGCCACCAAGGAAUUCACUUAGGAGAGAAGCCCUAUUGCUGCUUCGACUGUGGUAAACAAUUCUUUCUCAGUAGUUAUCUUUAGAGUGUGAAAGUAGCACUAUGUAAGCGCCUGACCCGGCACAGACUCACACUGAGGCUCGUGUAUAAAACACCAAGACUCAUUUUCUUCACCUGUGGGGCACGUCUUCCCUGUGAACCCCACAGGCAAUACACAGUCCCAAAAGCACUCCAGAACUAAACACAACGCUCCCUUCUCAAACCACCACUCCUCCCUGGCAACCUCUUUCCUCCCAAUUCUGGCCUGAGUGGUGGUUGCUGGCCCUUUUUAUAGCCCACCUGCGUGCUCCAGGUGCUUGAUCACCUGCUUCUGAUUGCACUGCUGGGCAGAGCUGUAGAGUUGUCCAGGCCGGCUCAGGGAUCCAUGCAGCACCCUCUGGCGGCCACCCCAGAUCCCAACAGGGUUGUGGGGAAUUCAGGUACCAUCCUCAGCCAUGGAGGCUGCCACCAAGCGUCCCAGAGCAGGUAUUGAGCAGUCCAUGAUUGA